AUGGGCCUUUCAAGGAAGUCGAAUGGGGGCUUGAAGGAGCGUAAGAGCACUCUGCUAAGCGCCACUUCUAGCCCUCCCUUUUCGUCCGACCAUCAUGGCGUUGUGAACACAACUGGAACCUCUUACCUUACCUAUCAGCUGCCAGCUAUUGAAGAGCAACACCCUAAGCCAGACGAUACCCCGGACCACUCUAUUCCUGUCGUAACUCCAAUCAAGUAUCGCGACCGCCACAAGCCAAAGCCCAGCCAACUCAACCCCAAAGACACCGUUCCUACUUCGAUCCCCGCCAACUUCCACCUCCCUUCCAACCCCCAACAGAACAAGAAGCCCAAUGAUUACCCCAUCACCUGCGAUGAAGAUAGCGUGGAGCUCAUCAAAUGCUUUCUGGUCACACCUAUCACACAAAACCAUCUGCUUGCCGAACUUCAAGGGAUUAACGCUCGCCUUCUUGCAUUUGAGUCGAAGUGUAUUGAGUUCGAGGCGGACGCAAAGAAUCAGAACCUUCAACUGAAUAACGAGCAAUGGAAGGACUUGGUAGUCCUCCAUCGCAACCUACUACACGAGUAUCAUGAUUUCCUCCUAGCUUCACAGCAUCCGUCAGCAAGCACUAAACUACGAGAAGUGGCAUCAGAAUAUCUUAUCCCUGCCCGUUUAUUUAGGUAUGGUAUCCAUGGAUUUCUCGAGGUAUUGAGAAAAUAUCUUUCACAGACUCUCCAGCACACACAGUAUUUUCUAAACCUCGCUUAUUCGCUAAUGGGCGUGGAGUGCUUGGGCGAUCUUGCACGGUAUUGGUGGGCUCUAUGCUUGGAAGACGAAGACAGUGAUAAGCGGAUCCCAACCUCUGGUCGACUAUACCAUCAUCUUGCCAUUCUGUCUCGGCCCAAUGUACGCCAACAGUUGUUUUAUUUUCUGAAAUCCUUAUGUGUGCCAACCCCUUUCGAACCCGCACGGGAGAGUAUUAUGGGCGUGAUCAACCCGAUCUUGAAUCCACACUCUACCGUACCACGCAUACUCCGCCCUAUCGAACUGUAUCAGUGCAAGACCGUGAGCCACAUCUUCCUGGGAAGGGAAGAUAAGGUGGGCGAUGUUCGACAGAGUUUGCACAAUCUUGGCAUGGACUCAUACAUUACUAUGCUGGGCUCCAAGUGGAUGGAAGCAAGGUAA